AUGACAAUAUUCAGGGUAUUUAAUAGGUUUUUUUUAUUACCUACUGCAGGCAUCACAUUUGGGUUCAUCACAUUUGCAAAAGCUUGGCCGGAUGAUUCAACAGCUCUUACUUUAAAGGAUUCAGCUUUACAAACGGCAAAACAUAAUUCGAGAUAUGAACCAUUAUCACCGAUAAUCCAACGUCAAGAUAUUUUGGACAAAAUUUCGAAAUUACCAUUAUAUGAGAAAUUGAAGAAAAAUCCUCAUUUAGACCAUACAGUUCAGAGUGAGAAUAUUCCCACUGGUCAUCGUCCAUAUCAUGUAGGACAAGGUCAAUUAUUUGGUCCGAAAAAAUUAGAAAUUGACCCAGUAAUUUUUAGAGAUGAAAUUAAUAAAUCUCUAGUUGUAUUUUACCAUUUGGGAUCGGAUUUGAGUAAUGAAAACAACAAGAUUCAUAAGGGUAUUUUAUCCUUAUUGUUAGAUGAAGGUCUUUGUUAUUGUGGAUUUCCAUGUUUGCCAAACAAAAGAGGUGUAACAGCACAAUUAACACUAGAUUUCAAGAAAGAUAUCCCUUCAGAUACAACAGUUGUAUUAAGAGCAAAAGUCAGUCAGCUGAAGGGCAGAAAAUGUAUAAUUAAUGGAACUUUGGAAGCCAUUCCACGCAAAAAUCUUUUCCAAUAUAUCUGUGGUAUGGAACCAAAACAUGGAGAUAUCUACGUAACAGCAAAAUGUAUAUUAGUGGAGCCUAAAUGGUUUAAGUAUUUCAGUUGGCUCCCUAUGUUUUGA